UUUACUGCCCUCGCCAUUGGCUCCUGCAAUCAUUAUGGAUGUGGUUGAGUUCCUGGUGUCCCUGCUGGAUGUACAUAAACAACAGCUGAAAGCGCUGACCAGACAGGGGGAGAUCCAGGCCAAGGUCCUCAGCCAGCUUGUCAAGGAUGGUUUGACCAGAACCCUUGACCGGCCUUUACCCCAGGAUGUAGAGGAACAGAGAAGGCAUCGGUUGACACCAGGGAGAGAUAAAGACCCAGAGGACUGGGGUGCUAGGCUUGAUGGUCUGCUGCAAGAGGAGACACAGAAGAAGAAUCAACUGAUCAGACCCCAGGGGUUGUCUAAUGCAUUCCAGACCAAGGUACUGGGACAGAUGUGGACUGUGGAGGACCAGAGCAGGCAGGACUUCUUGUCUCUGCGGUACGAACCCCAGAAGGGAGCCAGAGAGCUUGGGCAGAGGCUUGACUCAGCUGCUAAGCACUGGCUUAGGCCUGACCUAAGAACUGCUGCACAGGUAGAGCAGUGUGUUGCCAUGGAGCAGUUUCUGUCCCUCUUACCAAAGGAGGCUGGUGCCUGGGUGCAGAAGCAGCAGCCCAGGGAUAUGGAGGAAGCGAUCAGCAUGGCUGAGCAGCGACUUGGGUCUGGUGCCUUCACCGUCUCCUCGCCUUCCCCUGACCGUACACAGACAAACACAGCACAGGGCUCAACAGAGACACAAGAACAAGGGAGUGUCAAGAUGCAGAGCACCAGUGAUCACCCAGAUGCUUUGACCAAGUCAUUUCUCAACCAGCUGGAGACUGUUAAGUCUGCCCAUUUCAGUCUAGAGAUUCCAGACAUGGGAGUUGCCAGCUACCAGGAGGAAAAGGAUGAGCAUAAGAUGGUCCCAGAGGAAGGGUCCAUCUUUGUGUGUAAGCAGGAAGUGGAGGACUGGCAUCAGGAGAGUGCUCCUCCAGAGCCUAUCCAAAUGUAUGGGAGCACAACAGGACAUGAGAGCAUGUCAGUGGACACACCUUACAUCUCCCCUCCCAGACACAACUCUCUGUCCUCCACCUUAUACACUCAUCCAACACACAGAGUGUCCAGUCAGAUCCCCUCCCCACAGUCGUCUCCAUCCCUUGCUCCUGAUGUCUAUCAUCCACAAGUUCAGGACAGCCCAGUGACAGACAGACUGCAGAGUAACAAUCAUUCUAGUGAUGAGACGGAGCUUACUGCCAGGUACACAGGGCUUAUCUCUGAAGAUGGACAGCUGACCUGGGGGACCCUCCCGAGGGUUCCCUCACCCUCCUUCCAUACUCGCCCGCCCUCCCCCUCACCCUCCCACCAGUGCCCAGACUGUGGCUGCUGCUUCACCCAGCAAAGGAGCCUGGAGGAGCACAGGAACAUUCACACGGGGGCGAGGCCCUUCGUCUGUGGGGUGUGUGGCAAGGCCUUCUGCCACCGCCGCACUCUGAACAAACACACACGUAUCCACUCCUGGGAGAGACCCUUUCAAUGUACUGACUGUGGACAGACCUUUAAACUCAAAGACACCAUGAAGAGGCACCAGGUGUCCCACAGCAGGCCAGGGACAGGGCCAGGGGCACGUCAGCUCUCUCACUCACCCUGAUACUCUAUCUAGCAGCUAGCUGCUCACGCAGCACUUCACCUGGCUGAGAGGAGGCCUCGUAGUAAUCAGCACACAACAAGGACUUGAAGUAGGACUGGUCAGAUGGCUUUCUCUGUAAAUGUCCUAAAUAGGCAGAUUUGUGUGAGAACGCUAACAGUGUUUUCUGUUGGCGUGUUCCAUAAACAGAGGACACUGCUUUGGA